AUGCCAUUGACUUGGACUCAGAGAGGAUCCGGUUUGAAUGGCAAGUCGUCCCUAUCGAGUAACGAGGACCGGCUGUCCAGUGAUGCUUCAUUGAAAGCAGCACAGGCAAUCUUCAAAAAGCACGGAACUGCACUAGGGCCAGAAAAUAAGUCGCUGAACAAAAACAAGGCUAGAAUUACUGUGGGUACAAAACCUCAGCCGGCCAAACCAGCUCUUAGAGUGAAAUCGGUACCGAGAAGACCUCGGGCUCCUUCUAAAGUAAAGUCCCCAACUUUGAAAACACCUGUCUCGAAUAUCGGCACUCUGACGGCAGCACAGGCGGCUGCUGCGAAAGCCCAAAGGAGCGUGCUGAAGGUUGAGCCCCAGGUUAAACCAAAACCCUCUCGGCUUAGCAAAAUCUUUGGCGCAUCUUCUAACGAACCAAAAUUUAACCCCCAUUCUGCACCGUCCCCUGGACCCAAUUCUCUUGCCCCUCCUGCCCAGAAGUCAGCAUCACCCCAUAGGAGUCCAUCUUUUUCAGGCUCUGUAGAUAGCCAGGCAUCUGUACGAAGUGGUCAGACCGAUGAUAUUGAUGAAAUUGUGGCCAAACUGCAAGCUAGUAAGGACAAUCUUUUGCCAUACAAGUUUAGCAGGGCACCAAGGUCCGGAAGCACUUCACCAAAGGCAAAUAUCUCCACAGAUAGCAUUCUAUCGGCGAAUACGAGUUCCGAGGACGUUUGGGGCCAGUUGCGUUCGAGAGGCGCCCAGGAUGGUCCACCGCUUUUGUCAAAGCGGACAGUUAACAACAGUAGUGCAAUAUCAGACCCUCAGAUUGGCGAGAUGGGGAAUAGUUUUUCUAGUAAGCCGGAGUUUCCUGGAACACUGGCAAUCAUGCCGAGUUCUACACACACCAUUACGAUAAAGCGCCCGUUUUCCAGGUCGCAGGGCAAAGAAAACAUGGGCGGCGACAAUUUUUCGAUAUCUUCCAUGCAGUCUUCUGUUUAUUCAGGUUUUCCAUCAACCGGUAUGGGAGGCGAAGCUUUGAGUGAUCAAGAUGUUUCUGAGUUUAGCAUUUCCCCCAGAGCCGAAAAUUAUAGGCCCGAGUUAGCAAGAUCAUCACUUGACUACGGUAGUGGAUUUUUUGAGACUAAUCCUGAUCGCUUAUCCACCGAUGCCCUAGGCAAAAAUUUUAAACAACCCGGCACAUUGCCAGAUCUCAUCCCAAAUCAUAAGUGGGAGAAGAAACAAGGGAGACUGUCGUCCUUCUUUGGCAAGAAAGCCAAGUCUGUCGCCAGUCAAAACUCAAGCAGCAACAACUUGGGCUUGGAAAAGGACCAGAAUGUCAUAAGUGGAAAGAACAGUCAGCAGACGCGGUUGAUGACAACAAUGAGAAGGGAGAGUGAGGAUAUCAAAGAUACUAUUUCUGAAGAAAGCAGUGAUGAAUAUGAAAGCGAAUCAAGCGGCGGAGCUUUUGGAAGUACGAACAAGAAGCACAAAACUAAAGGACGGAGGGCGCGACUCGGUCACCAAAUCAAAAAGGCGUCGGGCCAUCACCACUCCCAUAGAAAAAGUUUCAAUGAAGACAAACCAUGGAAGAGUCAUAUCGACAUCGGCUUUGUCACACAAGCCGAACGCAAACGCUACGAGGGUAUGUGGGUUACCAACCGUAAUUGUUACCUCGAUCUUCUUCCGUGGUGGGACGAUAAUUGUCAAUCUGAAGAUAAAAACAUGGUGUCAGAUGAGGGGUUGAUGCUUAACUUAGUAGUGCUGGACAUUUGGAGCAGAAGCCACCUGCCGCAAAACAAACUUGCGGCCAUCUACGACAUGGUCGACACACGCGGCGACGGCACUUUAGAACGGAAAUCUUUUAUUGUAGGGAUGUGGCUGGUUGACCAGAGUUUAUAUGGCAGGAAACUACCAUCCAGAAUUCAACCCCGGGUUUGGGAAAGCGUUGAUAGAUACGUUAUAAAUGUGCCUAAUGAGGAACGGUCGGGUUUAAACCACAAAGAUAAGAAGAAACAAGUGAAGCAAACGAUGAAGCAACUGAAGAAGGGGAUGAAAAAGUCUCAGCGGUGA